AUGAUUCGGAUCACUAAUUAUUAUGCGAGAACAUUACUUAGACACAUUAAAAAGCUUGCAAAAGAAUUAUCUAUAGAACCACCAGCUCCUACAGGUCGCUGGGAAGAUAUUGAAACGUAUAAACCAAAAGUAGAAGAAGAAUUUUCUUUGUAUAUUUUAAUUUUUUUGUAUGUACAUAUUGAAUUAGUUAUUCAAUCGAAGCCAUUAGAUAUUUUCUUUAUUGUUGGUCCAACAAUUGUAGACCUUCCUUCACAUGUUAAAGACGAUAAUAAAAAUUUAAGAAAUGAUGCCGUAUGUACAGAAUAA